AUGUCGCGUUAUAUUCUACCUAUUAUACCUAGAAUAUUUUCUGCCGUAGAGACCAGCAAUUUCCUCUUUAAAAGAAUACCUAAUGGUCUCUUAACACGUAAUUUUACACUCCACUUUGUAAAAAAAGCUGCAGCAAAAGAAUUGCAGAUAGACUUGAGCGAUCUUAAUAGAAUGAAAUUUAUAUCAAAACAUUAUGUUCCUAAAGAGGGUGAAGUAUUGGACUUUCUCAACAGAUAUCAUAUAUUUCCUAAACCUGGUAACAACGUUGAGUUGAGACGAAUCAAAUGUCCUAAGUGUCGCCCAAAAAAAAUCAACUAUUAUUCUGCUACUAUUAAUUUGAAAAGUGGUGCUUAUAGUUGCCAAGCUUGCAUGAGAAAGGGUAAUUGGGGUGAAUAUGUACAACUGAUAUCAAAAACUGAUUCGUUUCAAAUCAUCAACGCAACAAACUUGGGUUUGGGUCGUUCUUCCCUUUCACGGCCUCAGAAUGAAAUUGAAGAAUUUUCAAAUGCCUUACUAAAUAAUCCAGAAAUAAUUGAAAAUUUUACCAAAGAUCAUGGUAUAACUUUAGGUACUCUUCAGGCAUAUAAAGUAGGAAUUGCAGAAUAUCAUAAUAUAAAUCCAGCUUCAAAUAUUUCCGGUAAGACUGGAAGUACUCAGAAAAUUGAGAAUAAGGAAAUGUGCUUUACAUUUCCGCGCACAGCACCAUUUUUUGAUGACUCGAAAGAAGAAGGUUUUUUAGAUUCGAAGAUUACGCGAAUUAAAGCCUGUUCAAUAAAAAAUGAAGAAUUAGUCGCGUUUGAUCCACCAUCGUUCGUAGGAGGUCUUUUUGGAUAUCAUUUGGCAAAGUUAGAAUGUGAUUCCAUUAUUUUGGCGGGAAACGAAUUUGAUGCAAUGGCUGUCUAUCAAGAAACUAAUAUACCAACGACAUGUCUUCCUAACAAUGUAUAUCAGUUACCUUUAGAAGUUCUUCCUUUAUUUGAGCGUUUUUCAAACAUUUACAUUUGGCUUGAUGAUGAUGUAGAAGGCCAAGGAGCGGCUGAAAAAUUUGCACAAAAGCUAGGAAUUGACCGAUGUAUGAUCGUAAAUACGCGGUGUGGACGAUUAAACGGACCGAUUAAUGCGAGCCAAGCGUUAGCAACUGGCCAAAGGUUAUCAGAUAUUCUUAAGAAAUCGAAACCUUUACAACAUGAUCAGAUUAUAGAUUUUGAAAACAUUAAAGAAGCAGUAUAUCGUGAAAUUGCUAAUCCAGACCAAGUUUGUGGAGUGUUAUCAAAGGAUCUUCCAGGAUUGAAUAAAAUCCUUAAAGGGCAUCGACCUGGUGAAAUCACUAUAUUUACCGGACCAACAGGAAUUAGUACAUUGUGGGGUAGUUUUGAAAUACCAAAUGUACGUUUGGCAAAAAAGAUGUUGCAACAAUUCGCUGGAAAAGAUUUAACAAAACAUCCAGAGGAGUUUGCUGAUCUUGCAGAAAAAUUUCAACAACUUCCAAUGUAUUUUCUUAAAUUUUAUGGAAGUACUGAAAUCUCAACAAUAAUUGAUGCUAUGGAUCAUGCGAUUCAUGCUUUCGAUGUUCGACAUAUUGUUAUUGAUAAUCUACAAUUUAUGACCGCAGAUCAAGGAAGGUACAUUGAUCGUUGGGAGUUACAUGAUCGAAUAUUAUCAUCAUUACGAAGAGUUGCUACUGAAAAAAAUGUUCAUAUUACUAUUGUUGUUCAUCCAAGAAAGGAUGAUAAAGAAUUGUUGGAUGUCAGCUCUAUAUUUGGAACGGCUAAAGUAACACAAGAAGCCGAUAAUGUUAUAAUCCUUCAGCGAUUAGAAACUGAUAACGGUGAAAUGAGAUUAUUGGAUAUUAGAAAGAACAGAUUUGAUGGAACCCUUGCUGCCAUCCCAAUAGAAUUUGAACCAGAAUCUUUAAAAAUCAGACAAGCUCGAUCAACAAAAAGUUGA